AUGGAAGCUACCAUAUCUGUAGUCACAGGUGAACUAGUGAGCCGUUUCAUCUCCUUCCCGAAGAACCAGUACUACUCAUCUUUGAGCGAUGCACAAUCAGAGGAGAAGGUGGUGAGGAGAUUGCAGCACCUCCUGAUGAGAGUCAGCAUCAUCAUCGAGGAGGCAGAUGCACGGUACAUAACAAAUUAUGGGAUGUUGUUGCAGCUAAAGAUGCUCUCGGAGGCCAUGUACAAAGGGUACCGCGUGCUGGACACCUUGAGGUAUCAAAACCUCCAAGACAGUGCAGACACUAACGAGGUUAGCAUCGAUGACCCAUCAAGCAGCAUCUUGUAUAUAUCCAUUCCUUUCAAGCGUUCUCGAAAAAAAAUUGAGAAGCAUGACAUGGCCAUGCACCUCGAGUCAGAUGGUGCCUUGGAAAGCUUAGAACUUGCUGUUGCUAACAUGGCAGAAUUUGUUGUCCUUCUGAGUGGAUGUGAGCGCAUGUCUCGUAGGCCAUAUGAUGUUUAUCUUUACACCAACAACUUCAUGUUUAGCCGACAUGCUGAAAAGCAAAAACUAUUGAGCUUCUUGUUGGAGCACAACAAUCCUCCUGGUGAUCAUGCACCGACAGUUCUUCCAAUCAUAGGUGGUUUCGGAGUUGGAAAGAAAACAUUGGUUGCUCAUGUGUGUGCAGAUGAAAGGGUUCGCUCACGCUUCUCCUCUACAUUGCACUUGAAUGGAGACAACCUCUUGACGAUACUGGACCAUGGAGGGGCCAUGUUUGACAUGAUGUUGGUAGUUAUAGAGUUUGCUUCUGAUAUAAGUGACGACGAAUGGAAAAAGUUUCACUUGUUUCUCGUAAGAAUGAGUAGAGGAAGCAAGAUCAUCAUCGUAAGUAAACUGAAAAGAUUAGCCCGUUUUGGAUCAGUGCAACCUAUUUUCCUAAGUGUUUUGUCUUAUGAUGAGUUGAGGUAUCUUUUUAAGACCCUAGCAUUCGGGAGUGUAGACCCUGCAGAACAUCCACAACUAGUAUAA